GCCGACUGCUUGGUCGACAUUUUAGUACUGCAUCAUCGCGACUGACGUGGGAACUACGUGGGCAAAGACACGGGCUAUCCACCCCUAUUGUAAUUAGUGACGAUUCUGUCUACGUAAAACUCUGCUGUCCAAUGACCAUGGAGAUGGUGUCUUCCCGGCAGGAUGGCAGCAUGAGUGAUGACAUGUCUGACGACGAGGGGAGUCAGAGCGAUACCAGCUCAACCACCCCCGCUCACUCUCAGGUGACGGUGAGCUCGGGGACUCUGGGGGACUCCACUGGGGUCACCCUGGUGCAGCUGGCCGACGGGCAGACCAUCCAGCUCCAGGGCGUCAUCCAGGCCCCCCAGGCCUCCGUCAUCCAGCCACCCCAGACAUCCACAGGGGGGUGUCUCGAAGAUGGGGAACCAGAUACUAUAGACACUCAGAAGAGGAGAGAGAUCCUGUCAAGACGUCCAUCUUACCGAAAAAUCCUCAACGAGCUGUCUUCAGACUCGCCGGCGGUGGCCCGGAUCGAGGAGGAGAAGGCUGAGGAGGAGGCUGCAGCGGCCAGCCUGGCCUCGGCCCCGGUCCCGACCUCCAUCUACCAGACCAGCUCAGGACAAUACAUUGCCAUCACCCAGGGCGGAGCCAUCCAGCUGGCCAGCCCAGGCAGCGUAGGCCUCCAGGGAGGCCAGACCCUGACCAUGUCCAGCUCAGCCACCCCCCAGGCCGGGGCCACCAUCCUGCAGUACGCCACCCAGCCGGGAGACUCUCCCCAGCAGUUCUACAUGCAGGGGGGCCAGGUGGUCAUUCAAGCUGCCACCGGAGACAUGCCUGCGUACCAGCUGCGUUCCCCCACCUCAGGGCUGCCUCAGGGGCUGGUGAUGGCCUCCUCGCCUGGCUCCCUCCACAGCCCCCCGGUGCAUACGGAGGAAGUCACACGCAAGAGGGAGGUCCGCCUCAUGAAGAACAGGGAGGCUGCGAGAGAGUGCCGCCGGAAAAAGAAAGAGUACGUCAAGUGUCUGGAGAACCGUGUGGCGGUCCUGGAGAACCAGAACAAGACCCUUAUAGAGGAACUCAAAGCACUAAAAGACAUCUACUGCCAUAAAACAGAAUAACCAGCGUGUGAGCUAUCUGACCAGAGGCUCUCACUCAGAGGAAACAAAGCACAAAUGAGAGCAGUUUACAGACUUCUGGAUGGGGGAUUAAAAAAAAGUUAUUGAUAAAAGCAAAAACUAAACUAAACAACAACAAAAAAUUGAAACAUACUCUGGGACAACUACUACUUUCAGCUGUCUGUGUUUGUUGUGUCCCUGCUAGCUCAGGUCCUGGUUGUGCAGAUGCUACAGUACGUCGACUGUUGGGUUGUGACUCGCUGUAGGCUUGAGCUCGCCGGGCUAACAAGCCCGCAGUCGGCCCUGCUCCUCGCUCGCUAGGGUUAGGUUGAGGUCACGCUCGCUUCCACCGUCGGCCUCGCUGGGGGAAGUUGGCAAACCAUGAGAGUUGAGGAAGUGGAGGAAGAGGAAGUCAAGGUGCUUCCUGUUAGGGUGCCACUCGUCACAGAGGUGGACAUGCUGAGAACCGAGCCUUUCUCUUAUCAACCUUUUUGUCUUUUUUUUUUCUGAAGGAAGGAAGUGCACAGAAACUCACCAGCAAGCCAAAGUAGAGUCACACGAGAGUUUGUCUGCUCCCAUGUCUUUAGUGUGCGAUACAUUCCUUGAAACCUGCGAGUCCUGCUUUAACACAUUGCUUCUUUCUGGUGGAGUAGGGUGUUUUAAAGGUGAAUUCACUUUUUCAAUUGUUCAGUUGAACACUGUCGUCAACUAAUUAGUUUUUUUUAUACUGAUAGGUCAGAAAAGGUGGUCUGUAACCAACAGUUGUUUUUAACAAGUGGCCAAGCCGAUGUUUAGAGCAAAAUGUUGCCCACAAAAGAAGUCAACCACAAAAUAUUCAAGACCAGGAGUUUAAUGUGAAAAAGAUAAUCUAUUAUCACCUUUACAUGUCUGGCCAUGAGGAAUGUGCUCUGGAAGGCUGUUUGAUAGGGACUGAAUCUUGUAACAUGUAUGUAUAUUGUAAUAUGUAUGUAUCUUGUAACAGGACUGUAAAGUGGCUGCAAGUGCAGGAAAUAUUGAUGUUUGGUUCUUUUGUGGGGUUUUUGUAUAGGAGUCAUCUGAACAGCUGGUUAGGGUUAGAGAACUAGUUGUAAAAUGUUUUGUUUAAAGGUUAUUGCCAAUGUUUUUUGACUAUUAUAAUUAUGCACUUGCAAAAUUCUUUCAGCCCAUGCAAGUAUAUCAUGUUGAGGCACGUUACUUAUUUUGAAUUUUCAUAUAAGGCUUUAAUGUCUGUGUACAGAAUUGCUAGUGCGUGUUUGGCCAGUGGGCUUUGAAUACAGGGGAUGCAUUUGAUUUUAACUCUUAACUUUUGACCAAAGUCAGUUCUUCAGGUGUUGACUUUUAGGUUUUCAGAAGACGACCACUUUGAUUAGGUUAUUUCUUAAAAACAGCUGUUCUCUCUGUGUGUAUUCCCUGCUGUGGUCGACACAUUUUACAAACUAUUUUGUUUAUCAAAUAAAAUGUAUAAAAUGA